AUGGAACCGUUGUCAGCAAAUGAUAUCACAGCUCCUGCCCCCCCUCAGACACCCAAACCGAAGCAGGAUCAUGGCCCGCCUGUUGUCGAGAGCACUCCAAUGAGUCGAAGAUGUACUACACACGCCGAAGACGAGGUUCCCAAGCGUGCAGAUGUUGUAAAUAAGUUCCUCGAAGAUGAUAUCAGCGACCGUCUGGAAGUUUCUCUCGAUGACUUCGCGACCCUGAUCCUUGAUCUUCCUGCUGACUGGCAGAUUAGGGACGAUUUCACCCUGUUGCCGGAUAGCGAAGCUGUGAAAGAUGCGUUUGCAGCGUAUCUGAAAGUAGCAAUAGGAGAAGUAGAUGGUGAAAACCAGAAGCGGAAAGGCAUGGCGGGGCACGAAAGCGGAUUGUACCAACCCCUGGCGAAUCUCUUGAAUUCAUUGAGAGAUGGAGAGGGACGACGUGUAGGAAAGGACAUUGACGAAAAGAUUUUCUACGUUCAGGAUCCCCGUCCGGUACUGGGCUCAUUGAUAGCAAGGAAACCAGACCUGGGGGGGAUCUACGUUGAGCUACUGAAACUCACCAAGAACAAAAAACUCUCAGAUUACCUUGCAAAGAAGAAAAUUGUCGGCAUUUUUUGGGGACUCUUGCUUUAUUUUAUCGAGGUCAAGCAUGAACAGGGGAGAUUUGUCGGUCUGAAUGUGAAUAAAGAAGGUCCUUCAUCCCGCAGUCAGUCAGAUUCGUUGCCCUCCAUAGCGUAUUUGGUAUCACAAUCUACCGCCUCUGUUCCGGCGUCUACACCCCUCAAUUCUACAUCCACCAGCUUCGGAGACGAACAUCGACCGGGGGUUACUAUUCAGAAUCGGGGUGGCAAGAAGAAGACAGUAGAGAUUUUGACGUCGCAGGACUACCAGGAAAGGGCGGAGGCAGAAAGGAAAGCAGAAAAGGUGUUGACUCCGACGCAGGGACAGCAUUUAACAAGAAUUCAGUGCGCGAGCUACGCCAAAGAAAUGCUUUCGAAAGGAUUUAUUCGAAGUCAUGCUGUGGGGAUCACAGCUGAUGAUACUAGCUUGCGUUUCCAGUACUAUCACCGUUCAAAGGUUGUCGAGAGCAAACCCUUCAACAUCGUGAAUGACGAGGUGAAGAAGCUCUUCAUGGCUAUGGUCUGCCAACUCAACAAACUUUCCACGGAGAAUCUUGGAUUCAUUCCCAACUUGGACCUCGAUGGUUUUGAUCACCUACGGAAUCCAAAGCAGUUGAAGCUUCCACACAAGAAUGGAAUAGAUCCGUUGGUCGGUUCUACCUAUGCCUUCACGGGGAGCGAUGGCAGGAGGCGAAGAGUCAAAAUCACGAAAGUCCUCUACCGCGCUGAAGGCAUCAUUGGUCGAUGCUCGAUCGUUGUUGAGGUGGAGUGCCUUUGUACGGAAGCUGGUUGCGACUGGCAUGAGGAGGGGCAGGCAACAACGAAGGUCAUGAAGAUCAGCUUCCCAAACAUGACUCGGCCUUCCGAAGACGGACUUAUUGGGGAGGCUAGAUCGACAGCGGAAUCGUCUGGCGAUUUUUGGGCUCUCAACCAUCUUCCGGAAGUUAUCGACUCAAUCACAUUCCCAUAUCACGAAGAAACAACCGUUCAGGGCCGUCUGAAGAAACAUCUCAAAGAUGAUUAUGAGGAACGAGUAAUGCGCGUUACGUUUUUGGACAAGCUACAACCACUUUCAGACUUGGAAGACCCGAGAGAGUUCGCGCAAGUAUUUUACGAUGUUCUACAAAUUCACCAGUGGCUUUACGAACGUGUUGGGAUUCUCCAUCGUGACCUCAGUUCUGGAAAUAUCAUGUACAGGCGCAAGAAUGGAAAAGUUUAUGGCGUUCUGAAUGAUUUCGACCUUUCAUCUCGUGUACAAGAUAUGAACAAGGGCCCCACUUCGAAACAACGUACGGGUACCAGACCGUUCAUGUCUCUCGAUUUGUUGAAUCCUGACUGGGAGGGCGGUCACCUCUAUCGUCACGAUUUGGAGUCUCUAUUCUACAUCAUGCUUUGCCUUGCUUGUCGCUACGAGGCGCCAGGUGUCCCCUCACCUGACCCACGACCCUACUCAGAGUGGUUCAGUGGCACAGAUGCAGAGGUCUUGAGCAACAAAUCUAAAUUCCUUCUUAACGCGCUUAGUAAAGGUCUACCGGUUCAACCUUAUUUCUCCAGUUUCAAACAAUGGUUGUGGAAAAUCUUCAAGGGACUACGUCUUGGUUAUACGCUACGCCCAUUGGCCUAUUCGAACCCGCCGGCAUCGGAGACAGAUUCAAAAGCCUGGAACCUAGGCGAUGACGAUGACGAAGACUCAGACUCAGACUCGAAAUUUAAUUAUGAAUGGACCACAUUGAAUAAGCGCGUCUCCUACGCCAAAAUACGCUCAAUAAUGUCCUCUUUCAAAGGGCAACCUCUCGAGACUCGAUGGGUCGGAAACCCUGAUCAUUGA